ACAACACUUCUCUGCCUGUGGACGAGUGAAGGACAGUCCGAACAGGUCCAGGACAGUAAGGGAAACAAAACACGACUAGAGGAGCAGUGUGACAGACGGCGGUGGCCCGUUUUUUUACGUGCAGCGGCGGAGUUGUGAAGAGACUUUUGACUGACUAGCAUAGUUAACCUAGCUCACAGUGUCAGUGCCGGAUUCCUAACGUGGCCAACUCACUUAGUGCACUAUGAUUACGAUUGGGACGCGUCCGUUCGGAGGGGCUCUACUUUAGCCUCUAUAUUUGUAGAUUCGUGGUGUUUUGUGGCUUUUUGGUCCAGUUUUGUUCCUAUUUUGUCCCUGUUUUGCCCCGGUUUGCAGCCCGGCUGGGUUCACUCUGCCCCGGCUGGCUCCGCAGCGCCUCUAGCGGCUGCCAAACUUUGCUUUCCUCCCCGACUGUUCACUUCCUGUUUUCUGAGGAGGUCUUUAACACACUUUUUCAUUUCGGUUUUGCUCUCUUUCUCUCGCUUUUCUUUAGUUUCGCACCAAACCGGCGGGACAUCUUAUUGGAAACGUAUUUCUGCGUUUUUAUACACGCUUUUAAUGGGGGAUCAGCCGCUGGACUCACUUGAACUCGAUGGAUUUCACGUAGAUUUGUUUGCUUGUUUGCCUGUUUGCUUGUUUGUGGCUGUGUUUUUUUACUGGAACGUCUCUGGAACAUCUCUGGAACAUCUUUUCUACUUUCACAGGCUGAGCUCGACCACUUUUUAACCAAAGCAGCCAUGCAGAAAGUCCAUAGGAAUCUUUCCACUUGACUAUGACUGAAUCUGUGACUUUGCUUUUUUGUGUGACCUUUUUUCUUUAACACAUAUUAUCAUUAUUGGUUGUUUUUUCGACCCUUUCUUGGCCCACUCAGAACCGCCAUGGCCGAUCUGCAGCGCCCGACACUGUGCUGCUGUCGGAAGGUGCUGACCGUGCCCACUAAGCCCACUGAGGCGCCCCGGGCUUUGGGCCAGUGUCACCUGGUGGAUGUGGCCUCUGCCUCCAACUUCCACAGCUUCAGACUGAGGCAUUUCCACCUGGACCUCAACAUCAACUUCGCUCUAAAGAGGAUGACCGGUUGGCAGGUCCUGGAGCUGGUGCCCGUUCAGCCGGGCGUCCGGUCGCUGAUACUGGACACGCACCCCUCUUUAUUGAUCCAUUCCAUUGACUGCAAAGUGCCUGGGGCGUCCGGCGGCCCCGAUCACUUCCUCUCCCUCUCUUACCGGGUCGAACCCUUCACCGACUACGGUUCCUCCCUAAACAUCACCCUACCUGCUGCCGUGAUCCGGCCGCACCGGGCUUUCCGGGUCACCAUUCGCUACACUACCACAGAUGGGCCUGCGAUUUGGUGGCUGGACACAGAGCUAACAUGCGGGCAGACACGACCAUUGGUUUUCACUCAGGGUCACUCCGUGUGCAAUCGCUCCUUUUUUCCCUGCUUCGACACUCCGGCUGUCAAAAGCACCUAUUCGGCCACCGUCAGGGUUCCAGAUGGAGUGACAGUGUUGAUGAGUGCCUCCAGAAGUGCGUAUUCUAAGCAGGACCGGCUGUUUCAGUUCUCUAUGGAGUAUCCUGUCCCGGCAUACCUGGUGGCCCUGGUGGCCGGAGACCUACAGCACGCUGACAUCGGGCCCAGGAGCCGUGUGUGGGCUGAGCGCUGUGUUCUGACCUGUGCGGUCAGUAAGCUCGGGGGCAGUGUGGAGCGCUGCCUCAAUGUGGCCGAGGAGCUGUUUGGGCCUUACGUAUGGGGGAGGUACGACAUUGUGUUCCUGCCCCCCUCUUUCCCCAUCGUGGCGAUGGAGAACCCAUGUCUGACCUUCAUCAUCUCCUCCAUCUUGGAGAGUCAGGAGUUCCUGCUGAUCGACGUCAUCCACGAGAUCGCUCACGGCUGGUUCGGGAACGCCGUCACCAACGCCACCUGGGAGGAGAUGUGGCUCAGCGAGGGCCUGGCAACCUACGCACAGAGACGAAUCACUACAGAGGCCUAUGGAGAGGCCCUCACCUGUCUGGAGACGGUGUUUCGUCUAGACGCUCUGCACAGACAGAUGCGUCUCCUAGGAGACAACAACCCUGUGAGCAAGCUGCAGGCCAAGUUUGAGCCAGGUGUUAACCCCAGUAGUCUAAUGAAUCUGUUCACCUAUGAGAAAGGCUUCUGCUUCGUUUCUUAUCUGUCCCAGCUGUGUGGAGACAUCAAGAAGUUUGACACUUUCCUUAAGGCCUACAUCGAGCAGUUCAGGUUCAGCAGCGUGGUUGCUCAGGACCUGCUCGAUUUCUUCCUGGGUUUCUUCCCUGAGCUGAAGGAGAGCUGUGUAGCAAAACGAGAGGGGCUGGAGUUCGAGCGCUGGCUGAAUGACUGCGGCCCUCCCUUGUGUGAACCCGAUCUUUCGGCCGGUGGGGCUUUGACGGGUCCGGUCCAACGGCUGUGUGAUCUCUGGGGCGUGGAGGCCCCUGACCAUCAGGCCAUCGCGACCUUUGACCUCUCCACCUGGAGCACCUUCCAGACCGUGCUGUUUCUGGACCGGCUACUGGACCGCUCACCGCUUCCCCAAGAGGUGAUGAGUCUGCUGUCGAGCCGUUACUCAGCGCUGUUGGACGAGAUGAAUGCUGAGGUGAGGAUCCGCUGGCUGCAGAUUGUGGUGCGGAACGGCUUCUACCCGGACCUGCAUCGGGUCCGCAGCUUUCUCCAUAAACACACGUCCCGUAUGUACACAGUGCCGCUGUAUGAGGAUCUGUGUGGGGGGGUGAUGAAGUGUUUCGCAGUGGAGGUCUUCUAUCAGACUCAGGCUCGUUUACACCCAAAUCUGCGCAAAACACUGCAGCAGAUUCUGUUCCACGCUGGCCCAGCCAACGCCUCUGCUACCGACCCCCCACUGCUGGACACGCCCACCGAGCCGCCCACCAGCGGGGCCAUCGCUCUGAGGGACGUCAACGUCUCCGCCUAACUGCUCGCGCACAUCUGCUGUGGUCAGGAACGGAGCGAUAUGAAGGAAAAAAGAAUCAAUGGGACGCAGUUGGAACUGGACAGGACUUGAACUGACCAGCCUAGACUGGACAGAAGUAGUCGUGCCAGGCCAGACGUGAUUUCAUAACGAGAAUACGCGUUUGGGGACGGCUGGUUUAACUUUUGGUGCUGGAUGCUGGAUUGAAAAUCCUCCAUAAACAGGGGGCCACCUCUAAAACUCCCCCCAAAUUACUCUCGCCCAGUUGUCACCAGCCCUCCUCCUAGAGAUCUGCCAUCCUGCAGGCUUCACCUCCAACCCCAAUCUAGCACACCUCGUUCAGCUAAUUAAGGACUUCUGAAAGCAAUAGUUAGACGAAUCAGAUGGGGCUGAUUAGGUUUGGACCUGAAGUCUGCCGGAUUAGUGUCCACUGCUCUUUUAACCUCCAGAUUAGAGUCAAUAACACAGGCAAAAGAAGCUAGCUAGAGAAAACAAUGGGUAGCAAACAUUUAUUUUUACCUCAUGUAAUGUGUUCUCAGCGCACGAGACACACAUCUAUAUGCUUAAUUAAGUUUUUGGGGGUCUUUUCAGCCAUGCUAACUUACAUCCAUGGCCUGCUAAUUAAGUUAAUUUUGUCUUUUUGUCUCUCUAAUAGCAGUCGCUCAACUUCACUCGAUCUGAGUCACUAUCAUCUAAACCUGCACUGCAGAAAAUGACAUCUUGCCAAGUGAAAUGAUCUUAAAUCUAAUUAAUAUAUCAAAUAUUUCUCAUUUUGAGAUUUUGAGAAAUAUGCUUGAAACAUGCGAUAUUAUCUUCAAGUACAGUGAGAUACAUUGACUUACUUAAACCACUUAAAACAAGUAAAAAAUAUCUAGCAGUGAGUUAAAUUAUCAUAAUAAGCUUACAACAGUCUCAAAAUCAGAUGUUUUAGAUAUGUCAACUGGAUUUAAGAUGAUUUCUCUUGCCAGGAUACCUUUUUUUUGCAGUUUGUGCUGCAUAGCUAAGCUAUGCUAACUAGCGCCUCUGUCCUGGUUAGCAGUAGUAUUUAACGUAGAGAGAUGUUUUGACGUUUAUUGAAUGACAGAUUGAAAAUGUGUACUGCGGUCCCUUUUUUGGUGACUCUGUAAGUGAACUGAACUUUAUUUGGUGGUUUUUGGUUUGAAAUGCAGGAUGUAAACGCUUUUUUCACACACCCGUAUUACCAUACACUGUGGUACAAUUUCCCACCAACAUUUAGCCCAAAACAGCCAGAGCUUCAGGUCUAAGCUGCCACAUCCUGUGGUUGACAAAAAUGUAUGUUUUUUUUUUCCCUGAAUGUUUCUGGGUCUUCUGAACUGUGAGGUUGUUUAGCAAGCAAAAUAUGAAUAAUGCUAGCUAGAUACGUGCUACAAGCAAGCUAAUUCUCUUGUGCACUGAAUUGACAUGAAAAUAAGUCUACUGUUAAACUUAAACACUGUAAUAUACCAACACCAGCUACUAAAACUGCCAAAGCAACUUAAAUACCACAUUUGACAAAGCCUGCUGGGGUACUUUGGUGAGGUCAGUAUUAUGAUGUCAGUUCCGUGCCCAGCAGUGUUAGCCUGCAAGUAGCAAUAGCCGCAUUUUAGCUCCUUAGCGACCUCUAAUCUUUAAAGGAUCCAGGCACAUUUGAAGGGAAAAUGACCAUACGGCAAAACGUAUCAGGUUUGGAGUGUUUUGUAUUACCACAGCUUUCAACAGCUGCAGUUUUCCAAAACACCAUUCAUUUUUGUGAUAGAGAAAACCAGAGUUCCUAAUAGGGGCAUGAUGGCGACUACAAGAUGACGCACAACUUUAGGGGUCUAUUUCUCAUGGUUGUCCCCAGAUGUUCUCGUUGCAAGAUCACGUCUGGCUCUGCGAGAUGUGCAUCGAGGGAGGCAAGCAUGUGUCUGUGUUCUCCAACACUGGGAUUUUAUAUUUAAUAGUCUUUACUCAAGCUGCUCAGGUUUGUUUGACGAUGUAACGGAGAGACGUCAGUGAUCAUGUUUGUGAUGGAUUGUAUGCCAUGAUCCAAGUGUGUGUGUGUGUGUGUGUGUGUGUGUGUGAUGGUUUGUAUGCUAUGACCCAUGCAUCACAUACAGUGGCCCCAAAAAGAAUUUGGACAAAAUAACCAUUAGUAAACUUUAAAUUCUUUAGGUUACUUCAUAAAAUGUUCAAGUGAUUCAGAGAAAAACACUUUUAGCACAGCUUCACUCUGAUGGUACAGUGUUUGUGUGGAUAGAUCCUGGAGAAUAAUUGCAACCAGACUGCACUGUGGCUACUGUAAAGCACAGAGGGGGAAACCAGAGCGGGUUUAUGAGGAGCCUGGCCUCUUCCUAUUUCCUCCGUUAUAUCAAAAACAGGACUGCAACACGCCAGAGGGCGCCCUCGAGCGAGUCCUCAAUGAAUGAAUGGAGUUAAACGGCUAAAAACAAAAAGUUAAAAUAGUUUCUAAUCACACGCCCAGAGCUUUCCUUUAAUUUUAGAAAGUAGAAGGAUGUAUUUCACUAAAAAGAGCCAGGAAAACUCACCUGUACGUUUCGUUUUUUCUACAGCAAACAGGUUUGGGGCAGCAGGACACUAACAUUACUGCUACUGAGUGCUGGUUGGCAAGCGGAGCAGCUCUUUGUCUGUUCGCGCUCACUGAUGUUAUUACGUAAACUCCUAUAACUGGAGUUCAAAAGUGCUCAAAAAUAUAAAAGUGAUGUUCUGUGUUUAGAAAAUGAAUGUAUUAUUUUAUAUUUACAGUGUUCAUUUGAAAACUAUGGUUUUGCUCAAAUGCUCCAUCUCAACCCAUUCAUUCUGGACUUGCUCGGGAGCGCCCUCUAGCGUUUGAGAAACCCAGAAGACAUUACAGAGUGGAAAUUCUCCUCUCUACAAGGUCUGGGGAAACAUCGAAGUCUGGGGGCUGUUUUUCUUACAGUGAUGUCGGUGAGCUUGUGUUGAUUGAUGGAAUCAUGAACUCGGAAGUGUACAAAAGCAUUUUGGGUCUAAACCUGCAAAGAAAUAACAGUCUGAAAUGCAUGAGCCAUCAUUUGGAAGAAUACCAAAAGACAGUCUUGGGCCGGUCUGUUUAAAGUAAAUGCCACUUAGAUUUUGACAUGCCGCUUGACAUUUUAUUUCUGAGCCUGAGCACCAUAAACUUGCACAAAUGUCCAAAUACUUUUUAGAUCCACUGUGUGUGUGUGUGUGUGUGUGUGUGUGUGUGUGUGUGUGUGUGUGUGUGUGUUUAUGUUAAUACAAAUUGCCAUCUGUCCAUAGAUUCUCCAGUACUGUUUAAAAAUCAUUGACCACCCUUCACUUAUUUAAUUUUCAAUCUAAGGAAUAAAUGCAGAAAACACAUAUUUAACAGAAAAUUACACAGAACAACAACUAAAUAUAAUA